AUGUUCACUGUGCUUGUCAGUGUUCAGAAAGUAAGAAUAGUGUGUGUGCGUGAUUGUGUAGUCCAUUUAUCAAAAUGUCUGACUUAAAUUUGAACGACGAUUUGUUAAAUUACGAGUUGGGUGACGAUAUUGAUGAUCAAGCACUAUAUGGGGCUGACGAGGAUGAGCUUCUUUUGUCAGACGAUGAACUGGAAAAAGAUGUCACUAAGGAAGUUAAACAGCAAAUAAAGGCAGAGGCAGAACAAUGGGUUAAUGAACGUAUUCAGGAAAAAGAAAUAAAACAAAAUGUUUCUAACCAACUCAACACACAACAAAUUAUAUCCGGUGUAGGCGGUUGUACCGUUUCUACAAAAAACAAUAAAGACACUAUCAAACAAAUUUCGGGAGACGCAACUGAGGUAACUUCAACGGCGACGCCACAUUCGGGUGCGAAUAACUUAAAGCAUGGUGAUGUAACAGAUGAUGUCUCUACCAGUGAAAGUUCUGCAUUAUCGGUUGCGGAGUUCAAAGAGCCUACACAGUCACAAAUCCCGAAAGAGCUGGUACAGCAGGCAGUACCUGCCUCUACGCAGAAUCAAUUACUUAGCACAACAAAUAGUGAUGAAGUAACGUCAAGUAGUAGCAAGGAAGCUGAAGCAGAUCAUUCGUCAAUUAUCAGCUGCAGCACUGGUAAUAUGACAGAUUCCUCUUUCAUACAAAGUUCUCAAGAGAGCUUGGGUGUUGCUGCUCUUAGCGCCUGUGACUUUUCUGAUCCCAGAGAAGAUAUCGAAGAUGAACGUGAAGCACGUACAAACAUAAAGACAACAAAUGAACGAGAUUUUGAUAGCGGAAUUAAUGAAUCAGCAGAUAAACAUCAUUCGCGUUUCGUACAUAGUAAACGCGGUGGUAAUCCACUGUUGCGGCCCCAUUCACUACGUGGCUCUUAUCAUGGCCAAAGACCGCUUCUGCGUUACCCUCCAUCACACGGUAAUUUCCUAUUAACGGCGCACGGGUUUCCCGCAGCGAGAACCAGUAUCAUUUCUACAACACUAACUCAUACAACCUCCGCCAUCAUUCCAGGUCAAUUCCCGUUACAACAACCACCCUUACCUUAUGCACCACAUAACACAACACAUGGUCCGCCUUCUACAAAUCCUGGCACUAUGGGACCACAAUCCCAAAAUCCUAACGCACCGAUUCCUCUCCAUCCACACGAUCCCAUGAAUCCACUUAUUUCUCAUCGUCCACGACAUCCAUAUACCGGUUUUCGUACUGGCGGACCUAUGAGUUUCCGACAUCCGAAUCCAGUGAAUAUGUACCCCCAAGCACAGCAUGAUUAUAAUACGGGCAAUGGGUUGCCCUUCAAUCAGAAUUACGGGCAUAUGUCACAUCCACCAAGAGCUAUGUUUCGUCCUGAACUCAGUGCCGGGCCAAUGCCAGGUGCAAACAAUGCUAGCCUAGGCCCAGGCGGUGGACCUAUAGGAAUACGCCCAAAUAUGCGUUUACCGCGACCACCGUUGUCAAAUUUACCACCUCAAGGUUUAGCACCAAACUUCAUAAAUAAUCCGGCCCAUAGGCCUCCGCAACAACAACAACAACAAGCUUUGCCGCCUCCACAAGCUCCCCUACAGAUGCCGCAAAGCGGUGUACAUUCAAAUACCGGCGCGCUACCGUCGCAAUUGCCCGGAAGUAGUAGUAGUAGCGGCCCUAUAGCAUCCACUACAUUGCGCCCUGGUAAAGUUCUUAUCAAUCCUAAUUUUAAAGGCGGUGUUCAAGCAGCUACAAAUAAGUUUAUAAAGGAGACUCAGUUUAUGUCAACAAUAAGCAGCCAUGUUUCGCACUUACAAAGCGACGAUGAGCUUCUUCGCCAGCAAGAAGAAUUCAUUAAUAAAAAUCGAGAGCACAUCGAGAAACGUCGACAUGAGCGUUCACCACUCACUUUGAGACGUAGCCGUAGUCGCAGCCGUUCACGAACACAUUCACGUGAGCGAAGUUUCACACCUCCAAAUAAACGAGGAGUUGGAGGUACUGGCGGUGCUAGUUUGAACUUCGAUCGAGAACGUGAGCGUGACCGCGAUCGUGAACGAGAGCGAGACCGAGAACGAGAACGUGAUCGAUUGGAUCGUGAACGAGAACGAGAACGUGAUCGAGAUAGGGAAAGAGAACGUGGGCCAAUUGAUCGCGAGCGCAGUGGUGGGGGAAGCGGAAAUGGUAACUUAGGACCAAGAGGAAAUCGUUUUCGCCGUGGAGAUAGUCGAGAUCGGAACUAUGAUAAAAGAAGUGGAAGCUAUAGCAAGCGUAGACGCAGUUUAUCUCCAUUGCCCCGUGCUGGUGGAAAUUUUCGACGUGGCGGAGACCGCGAUCGUUUAGAUGUUGAAGAAGACGAGGAGACACGCGCUUAUCGUUUAGAAAUUGAAAAACAGAAAGCGCUGCGGGAGAAAAUUCUCAAGGACAAAGAAUUAAAGCGAAGGCGUGCUGCAGAGGAGAAACAGUAUGAGGAUCAUCGUACCACGCAGCCCAACAAUAAUAAUAGUAACAAUAGUAGCAACACUUCCAAUAGUGCCAGUGAGGAUCAGACUCAAAAACUUAAACCAAUUGUGGUAACAGAACGCAAAAUAAUAUCAUUAAAAAAGCGACAACAACAGCCGCAAUAUUCCGAUGACGACCUACCACGCCCAAAACAUCAGCAACAGUCUCAUCAAUCUCAGUCGCAGUCGCAGAAUCCUCGGAAACAAAUUCCAACUGCUAAAAUAUUGCCAGAAGCAAAACGCAACAUAAGCGAUCAUAUAACGCACGUCACGAGCAGCAGUGGUGGCGGUGGAAGCAGCGGUAGCAGCAACACCGCCAUAAUAAAGCCAGUUCCGAAGAAAGAAACUCAUACACCGACGCCACCGCCUGCAGCUCUUUUAAAACAACCUCGUCGUCUAUCGUCACCGAGUGAUGAUGAAGUCGAGCUUGACUAUGAUGAAGAUGAACUGAUGCUCGAAAUGGAGGAUCGAUUAUUGGCUACACCAACGCCAUCCCCACCACGAACGGCAAUAUCACGUACGCCUACUCCUGAGCCAAUAGCUCCGCCAUCAUCUAGUAAAACAAAUUUAAAAUCUAGCCGCAGUAAUAGCAAUGCCACGUCGCAAAGAUCAUCAACAUCAUCAGCACCAUUCAGUUCUAGUAAUCGACGAGUAGUACUAAAAUCGUCAUCAUCGUCGAUGUCAACUGCUUCAGGAGGUGGUAGCCGUAAGGAUAGCGAAUUGCACUCAUCUGAUGGCAGUCGCAAUCGACGAGCCGGAGGAGGAUCUUCUCGUAGCAGUAACAGUAGUAAUUCACGAAAGGGUAUAUUUGAUCGCUUGGACUCCAGGCGGCAAAUGUAUGACAACGCAGGAAACAAUAGAGACGGUGGUAAUAGCGAUGGAAAACGUAGCAAGGGUCAACGAAUUGUUCUAAAAAAUGACUAAAGUCUUGGCAAUUUAAGAAAAGAGAUGGCAAACCAUCAUUAUGCUUGAUAAUUUAAUACUUUUUCGAAGCUUUCUAUAAAUGUGUAGCUAACAUUAAAACUACACAAACUUCUUAUAGGAAUAUUGUUGCGGUAUUUCUAAAAUCAAAAAAGAUAGUUUUUACUAUGUCGUUGUAAAAAAAACAACACCAUGGAUCAGUGAAAUAAUUAAAAUAUGAGCCGUAGGGAAAUUGCCCUAUAUUUAAAGUGAAAAAUAUUGUGUAAUAAGGUAAAACUACAUAACACUUAUUCAUAUCCCUAAACAAUUUAUCUUUACAUUGAUUUCCUCACGCACAGGCAUACAUAAAGCAAAAAGUAGCUUUGAAGGCAUAUAUUUAAUCCUGACUAUAAUUAUAAUUACUUUAAUAAUGUUCAUGGUUAAACGAAAUAAGAAGAAAGGAAUGCUAAAUUUGUAAAGUAGUUUUUGCUUUUCUCUGUCGCAUAGUUUGGACUUGUAAUUUUAUUGUAAUUUGUCAUCCCUAUCUACAUAUAUAUAUGAUCAACUUUGAAAUAGCGCUUACGAUCUGAACUCCCACCAAAAUAGACACAAUCCUUUGUAUAUUGCAAAUUAUUCAAAAUCAAACAUGCCAGAGCUCCAUGUUGACUCAUGAGACCUUUAGCGCCAUAUUCAGGUUUUCAAGUUCUUUAGAAGGUUAAGUGUGCAAGCAAAUAGGUUUUCUAUAUACUUUUUUUUCAAAUGAAAAGAAUAUUAUUGACAAUUUAUAUUUUUAAAAUUUUAAUUAGUUUUUGAUAAAUGCUGAAUUCGAUAUUUUGAGCAUAAACAGCUGUCACGUUCGAAUAAGUAUUAAUACAACAUUAGCAUGAGUUUAAUUAAAUUUAUUAUUAUUAUUAUUAUUUUUUUUU